AUGUUACAAUUGAACUUUCUCGUUUUCUGUCUGUUUGUUUCCCUUUUCAUCUUUGAUCAAACUUUCACACUUCCAGCUGGUCUCGACACGCCUUCUGCUGAACUCAAUGGCGUUACUCCAACUAUGAAUAUGAAAAGAAGAAGUCAACUUGAUGAGAUUGUUCAAGGUGUAGGAAAAAUUAAAGAAGGAGAAGAAGAAGAAGAACACACACUGCAGAAAAGCCACGAUAUGGACCAGGAUCAAAAGAAGGAAGAAUCAGUUGGUGUGAGUAGAUUGUAUCUCGGAGAAGAAUCAGAGAAAGAAGAACAUGAACUGAUGAAAAGAGACGAAGGAGAUCAGAAGACAGAACUUACCCAACAGGAAUUCGAUCCAGACACACUUGCCGUUCCAAACGUGGAGAAAAGACACGAAGGAGAACAAAAUGCAAACCACCAAGACCAUGAAAAUACAACUGAAGAUUAG